AUGACAAAAGUGGUGGAGAGUGCAUUGUUGAAUGGUGGUGGAAUUAGUGAAGACAAGGUCGGGGCUGUUAUAUCUGAUCCACUCAAUUCAACCUGUGUGAGUAGUAAACUAGGCCUUGAAAACCACAAGACCACUGGCGUGCAUAUGCCCCUCGACCAGAGACAUCUAGUGCCAGGAUAUUAUGUUCUGUUGUGUGCCCACUUUGCCCAAGGUCGAGUGAUGUUUGCUAUGUUGUUGACUCAUCUGGGUAAUAGCCAAGUAUUGUUUUACCCUGGAGGUGAUAGGCAAAAAGCACUUGUACAAGGCUGCAUCAAGUAUAUCUUCAGCCCUGUAAAUCAGCAAGGCAAACUAUGCUUUGCUGUUCAACAGAACCUUCUGGCUCCUCAUGGCACACUAGAUCCAUUCAAAAGCAUCAUUAUUCCAUCGCAACCUUUGCGCUUGCUCCAACAUCCUUAUUUGAGGCUGAUAUUUGUGGAUUACAAUGAGUUCAUAGCUAACAGUGGAGACACUGUUUUCAAGGGGUGGGAGAAUAAAUGGAAGAGGAUCGUCCUUGAAGUAUUUCCAUCUGGUAAUAUUGCAUGGAGAUAUAUUCCUGGGGCUACUCUCGAGCCAACAGUACAUGAUGAAGGCCUCUGGCCUCGGGUUUUUAAUCUCAAUGGUGGUACAAGCAAAAUACCGCAAGCUUUGUAUGCACCCAAGCAGAAAACUGCUGCGCAAGUAGAGCUUGAAGAAAGGAACACCCAAAUUCAACAGGAGCUGGAGCUUCAGAGGGAGCAGGAGCAUCAGAGGUUAGAAGAGCUCAAACAAGUUGACUCGGAAAAACAGUGA